GAUGGCCAGUGUUAAAACAUUGCUACAUGUAGUUGGUUUGACUUUUAGUAGAAAUUUUUAAUUCGCAUUUAAAGCAUGACCUCCCCUGAGAAUAGAAUAGUUUGAUACUCGUGGCUGUUUCUAAGUGGUGUCAAAUCGUUACCCUAGUGGGACAGAUACGCACUUGACUCGGUGGUGUAUGGGCUUGUAACAGAUUACUACGUGAAACGACGGUCAUUACAGAAUCACACAUUACACCUGUACGACAUUAUACGCAUCUAGUUGGGACAAAACCAAAAAGAAUCGCCAUGUCUACAACCCAUACAUAUUUCCAGACUACACAGCAGUGUUCUCACAUCAACCUGUUCGUCGUGGUCUCAUUUAUCUUUCUAUCAAGUCCUUGGACAACACAUGAAGUCGCAGGGACAUUAUGUUCGAAUACUUGUGAAACUGCAGGCAAUGGAGCUUGUGAGGAUGGAGGUAUGACCUGGUCAGACACUAACGGCUGCUUUUGGGGAACUGAUUGUACCGAUUGUGGCGAGCGGACGUGGCCGUACGCACACGAUGGAUCAUCGUUAUGCGAUAACACGUGUGAUCAGCCAAGUGGUGAAACCGCCUCUAAUGGCGUCUGUGAAGAUGGUGGAAUUGACGCCGCAUCAGGGGCGUGCUUUCUGGGAUCUGACUGCGAUGACUGCGGCGUACGAUACGCCCCGACCACUACAGUAAAACCAACAACAGUUGAGUCUGCCGAAACCAUUGAUAGUGGCAAUGGGAAUGGGAAUGGAAAUGGGAAUGGUGAUGGGAAUGGAGAAGAAGAUGGGAAUGGGAACGAGGAUGGAACUACAGAAGCAAUAGAGUCAUCAGCUUCCACCAGUACGAUAGGCCAAAAUAAUCAAAGCAAUGACGGACGAUCCUCGAUACAGACGCCCAUUAUAGCGGGUUCGCUAGCAGGACUUAUAGGACUGGGUGGCGUGCCAGUGAUAGCGUAUAUGUAUUACCGAUACAAGAAACGUACAACUGUCAAACCCGAUAACAAGAUUUACGCUGCACCUGUGCCAAGUCACAAUGGUACAGUUAGAAAACUAGUUGAUGAGUUUAUGAAUUCGAGGAUUUUCAAACGAGACGUGGUGACACCCGUUUUGCCGACUGAAUCUCCAGACGGAACUGAAGAGACUGGAAUCGAAGGAGGUAGUAUCGGUAAUUCAAGUUAUGACUCCUCCUACUCCUACUCCUAUGUCUAUGAGUACGUAUACCAUGUAGUGGACAAGGAACCCCCGUUGUAUCUUUCCUACGAUGAUGGGGAUAGUGGCAGGGAAAGCGCAUCAACAACAAGAGCGAAGUACUUGGUCAUGACAUUUGGAAACUUCACUAGCGAAGUUCUGAUUGGUCUAAUAGUACUCACUUGCAUAGUGUUGUUGGUGCUUUUAGCGAUAAUCUCAAUGUGGUUCGUGAGGCACUGUCAGUAUACCAAGAUCGCGACAAUACAUGGUAAACUGGACGAUACAGAAGAACCUAAAUCAGAUAGUAAAACAGAGGGUGAUUAUUAUAUAGACGCGAAGAUGACCGCACAUCGACCUUCCCUCGCACCACCAGUGUUAGAUUCAGACCAUUCUCCGGUGGAUGACAAAGACCUGGACAAAAGGAUAGCAGCAGUAAUGGUGAAUAACUUCGUCAGCGUGCCAGAUACGAGUCCCGGCAAAGAUGCGUCGACCGUGAAAACGAAUUCCCAAACUUUAACAACAAGUAACGAAGAAAGUGGGAGAACAUCCACGGAGAAGGGUAAUAAACGAAAAGGGAAAAAAGACAAAAAAUAUGUCGUAGAUGAGAAUGCAACGAAGUCCGAGGAUCAAGAAGGGAAACCGAAUAGUGUGCCUGGAAUUGUAGAAAGCAGUGACAAGGUGGGUACAACACCCAGCAAUAGCCAGAUAGCAAUGGCACAUAAGAAUAAAGAUAACGGGGAUGACACAAACCAAACCAAAUCACCAACACACAGCUCUGACACCGAUUCAAAUGUAGUAAAAGAUAAACAAAGUAAAAAGAAGAAAAAAUCGGGAAAAGAAGCGAAAGUACACACACAAAUUGUCCACCUCGGGAAAGAUUUCACCAAGGAGGAUAUUACGGACACCUCCACACGAAAUGCAAACGAAAUGCAAACGGACCAGGGUAAAAACGUCGUAGUAAACGCUAAUCGCUCGAAAAGUUGCGAUCUCCCAGUGGACAACACGGCUGAAACCAAUAUGACAAUCAGGCCCGGAACUUCUGGAGACCAAGCCAGUGAACAAGAAUCUGGAUAUUCGGUGCCAUCAAAUCUUAAGGGAAGUGCAUGGCACAAUAACGAAGCUGGGAACCAAACACACGAGAAUUCGACAUCGUGCGAUUUAGCAGGGCACGUCAUGGGCGGCGUACCUGCGGUAACCAAUUCUUCGGAAGCAUUCCAGACGGGUAGUAACGCUUCUUCGCAGCUGCGGGCAAUUGAUGACACAAGCAGUCCCGUGAACAACAAAAGUGUUGACGUGACUGAUGAAAACCCGCGACUGAUUGUCUCAAAUGAAAAGACCACUGAUAGUCAUCACCUGGGAAACGGUGUAAUUGAAAAAAGCCUGACCAUCGGCAAAGACGGGAAAAGAAACGGUGACGAUAACGUUGGUGGCGGGGGCACACAUGACGCAGACGGAACGACUUCGACACAAUCGACUAAAAAAUCGAAGUCAUCUAACAAAAAGACCAAACAGAAAAAACAGGGUACUAAAGCUAAAAAGAAAUUGAAACGUGCUAUGUCGAAAACUUUAUUACAGACUAAAUUGAAUUAA